AUAUUAAUGAGUGUGAAGAAUUCAUCGAUGCGUGUGAUAAGCUGACAACAUUAUGCGAGAACACAAUCGGAAGCUAUCGUUGUAGAUGUAAAGAGAAAGGAUUCAGCUUGAUUCCUGGCCAGACGACUGCAUGUCAAGAUGUGAAUGAAUGCAUAGCAGGUGUACACAAUUGUGAUCCAUCCUCUGAGAUUUGUCAUAAUACAAUUGGUGGAUUCAUUUGUAAUUGUAGUAAUGGUUACACGAAGAAAGGUGAUAUCUGUGUCCCGUUGAGCGAUUGUGAUGAGGGUGCGUUGGAAUGUGGUGCAAACGCAUUCUGUGUGAAGCGACCAUCGCGUGAUAAUCCAAAUCAAUUAGUACCACAGUGUGUCUGUCAAGAUGGCUAUUAUGUUAGAUUUCUUAUCGGCAGAAAUCCGGAGAAUUUCUGUGAUCCAAUUGCAGAAUGUGAAAAUGACAGCCAAUGUGCUGCACAUUCACAUUGUAUCCAGACACAAGCACUUGACACAUUUGGAGCCGCUUCGUAUAAGUGCGUCUGUGAUAAUGGCUUCCGAAGAGUGGGUAGUGCAUGUGAGCCGAUCAACGAAUGCGAAGAGAACUUGGGUAUUUGCGGUUACAAUGCGAUUUGUGUGGAUAUGCUCAAUCUUUACAAAUGCGUUUGUCGUGCUGGAACCAUUAAUGUUGGUACU